AUGAAUAGUAUAGGUACAACUCCAUAUGAGUUGGUUUAUGGGCUUGAUGUUGUAUUACCUUUGGAAGUGACAAUGAGAUCCAAUCGACUGGCCAAGCAUUUGGAUAUUCCUAUAGAUAAAUAUUCAGAGGCAUUAUCGAUUGAGAUGCAAGACUUGGAAGGAAAAAGAAUUGUGGCUUUUAAUCAUUUGGUGGCUCAGAAGAAGAAAGUUGAGAGAAGUUAUAACAAGAAAGUUAAGAGUAAAUUAUUUUCUAAAGGAGAAUUAGUGUGGAAAACCAUUUUACCAGUUGGAUUUAAAAGCCCAGAAUAUGGUAAAUGGUUUCCAGAUUGGGACGGACCAUUUAAAAUACAUAUGGUUCUUAGAGGAGGAGCCUAUCAUCUUGCUUCUUUAGAAGAUGAGCCACACAGAAGGAUAAUUAAUGGCAAGUAUUUAAAGAAGUAUUAUCCAACCAUAUGGGAAUGCAUGAGUUCAUACACAUGA